AUGACGACCUCAUCGGUUUCGGAGCUGCUUCAGCGUCUGGCGCAGGAGGUGGACCCGUGGGCGCCGGGGUUCUGGCGCGACUUCGGCAUCGGCAUGCUCAAGCCUCUCGCGGCCACGGUGGCGGUCGCCUUGGCCGUGGCGCUGAGCUCCACACAGCGCCUGGGCAUCGAGGCCGAGAUGCUCUACGCCGUUGCCCGCUCCUUCCUCCAGCUCUCCGUCAUCGGCUUUGUGCUCCAAUUCAUCUUCACCCAGAAGAGCCCGCUCUGGAUCCUCCUUGCAUACCUCUUCAUGGUCACCGUCGCCGGCUACACCGCUGGCCAGCGCGCUAGGCACGUCCCGCGCGGAGGGUACAUCGCCGGCGUGUCCAUACUGGUGGGCACCGGCGUCACCAUGUUUCUGCUCGUCGUGCUCAGCGUGUUCGAGUUCACGCCCCGGUACAUCAUCCCCGUCGCCGGCAUGUUGGUUGGCAACACAAUGACCGUCACGGGGGUCACCAUGAAGAAGCUCCACGAGGACGUCAAGUCCCAGAGGAACCUCGUGGAGACGGCGCUUGCGCUGGGUGCGACGCCGAGGCAGGCGACGGCAGGGCAGGUCAGAAGGUCGCUGGUGAUCGCGCUGUCUCCGGUAAUCGACAGCGCCAAGACGGUGGGGCUGAUCGCGCUGCCGGGGGCCAUGACGGGGCUCAUCAUGGGGGGAGCGUCACCGCUGGAGGCAAUUCAGCUGCAGAUCGUUGUGAUGAACAUGCUCAUGGGGGCCUCCACCGUCAGCAGCCUCCUCUCCACCUACCUCUGCUGGCCGGCAUUCUUCACCAAGGCGUUCCAGCUCGAAGACACGGUAUUUUCUGAGUAG